UCCCCCGCAAGAUUACUCUGGAGAGGAAGAAGCCUUCAUGCCAGGGAUGAGGGGCUGACGUCUGCAGGAAUGUGGAGAUCGUUGGUGUUGUUGGGGUUGUGCUGCUUGGGCAUGGUCCUGGGGAAUCCGGAUGCCAAACGAUUAUAUGAUGACCUGAUGAGCAGCUACAACCGCCUCAUUCGCCCCGUCAGCAACAACAGCGAUACCCUCACCGUAAAGAUGGGCCUCAAACUAUCACAGCUCAUCGAUGUUAAUCUGAAAAAUCAGAUAAUGACAACCAAUGUCUGGGUCAACCAGGAAUGGUCUGACCACAAACUGAAAUGGGAUCCGGAUGAAUAUGGUGGUGUGCGGCAGCUUUACGUUCCAGCUGAGCAAAUCUGGUUACCAGAUAUCGUACUGUACAACAAUGCGGAUGGCAACUACGAAGUGACCAUUAUGACGAAAGCCAUCAUCCACAACGACGGCAAAGUGGUGUGGAAUCCGCCGGCCAUCUACAAGAGCUCCUGUCAGAUUGACGUCCAGUAUUUUCCUUUCGAUAAGCAAGACUGUUUCAUGAAAUUCGGAUCUUGGACUUAUGAUGGAUAUCAGGUGGACCUGAAACAUUUGGAAGAGAUUCCCGACAACGACACAGUGCCCAUCGGGAUGGACCUGAGCGAAUUCUACUUGAGCGUGGAGUGGGACAUUAUGGCGGUGCCCGCCCAUCGCCGCGUCCGACACUACUCCUGCUGCAUCGAGCCCUACCCGGACAUCACCUUCAACAUCACCCUGCGCAGGAAGACCCUCUUCUACACUGUCAAUCUCAUCAUACCCUGCGUCGGCAUUUCCGGGCUCUCCGUCCUCGUCUUCUACCUGCCCUCGGAUUCCGGGGAAAAGGUGUCACUUAGCGUGUCCAUCCUGCUGUCACUGACUUUUUUCUUCUUGGUGUUAUCGGAAAUUAUUCCUUCGACAUCCCUUGCGAUGCCCCUCUUAGGCAAGUACCUGGUGUUCACAUUGAUCCUGGUAACCCUUUCUGUGAUCGUGACGAUCGCGGUUCUGAACGUGCACUUCCGGUCUCCGUCGACCCACCGAAUGGCGCCCUGGGUGAGGAGGAUCUUCAUCCGCCUGCUGCCCCGUAUUCUCCUCAUGAGGCCGCCCCAGUACAAGAUUGAGACGGACACGGCCGCUUCGCCUCCGCUACAACAUGAAGCUGGUUACAUCAAAGAACAGGUUGCCAACAGCACCGCAGUGGCCCGGAGGAUGUCCGAGGAAAUGGUCAUCCCGGACCUGGAGUCGAGCCCCGGCAUCGUCGAGAAGAGAUUGCCACGACAGAUUGAGCGAGCCAUCCACAACGCCAUGUUCAUCGCCCAACACAUAGACAACAAGGACGACUUCGAGAGCAUCAAGGAGGAUUGGAAGUACGUAGCGAUGGUCAUCGACCGACUCUUUCUCUACAUCUUCACAUUCGCCUGCAUCGUCGGCACUUUAGGUAUCUUCCUGCAAGCUCCUUCUCUCUACGACCCCAAAAAGCCCAUCGAUGUCACACUGUCCAAGGUGGCCCUCGGACAGGACAUGCCUGACACCCUCUUCGAAUGAAGAAACUCUUUGUUUUGCCUAUAGUUUGCCCCUCCCCCAACCUCAAUGGCUUUCCAAGAUCUCGAUAUAUUUUCUUCUUCGGAGGACUCAUAGAAAUAUUAUAAUUUGUUUUUGCAUCUUAAAGCUAAUUUAUUACAUAUCUCCAAGCGAACGAAAUUAAAAAUUAUUCAUUUAAUAAACUGUAUUUUCAAAUAUUUAUUACAUAUCUUAAAAUUCACCGAUAAAUCCAGUAUUGUAUUCAGAUAGCAUUGGCAUUUGUUAGAUGAGGAUCCCGUGGUGUCUUCAAGGUCAUGUGAAUGACACUCUUGAAAUUUGCUAUCGUUUGCUCCUAACGUCAUGAUAUAAUAAUGCAUCUGUUCUUGUUCAAAUGUAAGCGAGGCUAUUAAGUGUUGAUAAUUUUUAGGUAAUGAAAUAAUAAAUAUGCACUUUUUCAAAAAAGGUAAAAUCGAAAUCAAAGUAAUACAUUCAUUUUGGCUGUAGUUAACUGUUUCGGUUUCGAUGAAUUAGCUGCUAUCUUGUUUUAGUUUUAUUUCAACUUAUUUAUUGAAUUCCGAAACUUAUUACUAUAAUUUGUUCUUUUUCAACAAUUUAUUUUUGUUUAUUAA